AUGAUAGGCUUCGAUCAUAUUAAAUCAACACCGUACCAUCCACAAACAAAUGGUCAAGUGGAGCGGUUUAAUGCAACAUUCCAUCCACAACUGGCGAAGUUGUACGACGAGAAUUUGAACAAUUGGGACGAAUAUUUGCCAGCUGUUCUUUACGCAUACAAUACUGGACAACAUGCCACAACCGGGUAUUCACCAUUUCAAUUGAUGUUUGGCCGAGAACCAACGUUGCCACUAGCCCAAAAACAGCCAACGUUCACAUUGACAAAACCAAAUGACUACUGGCCCAGAAUGAUGCGGUUAUUAAAAAUGUAUCAUCAAGCGGCACGACAAAAUAUUCAAAUUCAACAACAAGUAACAAAAGCACGAUUCGACUUGCACCGUUCCGAUCCAAUCUAUAAAGCAAAUGACUUAGUGUUAUGGCGAAAACCUAGCCAUAUUUCAAAAUUCGAAGAACGUUACUCGGGUCCGCAUAUUAUCAUUCAAGAACACCACCCGAGCUACAUCAUACAAGAUCGAGAAACAGCUAUUAAACGGAAGGUUCAUACAGCUGAUUUACAACCAGUGUUCGAAAGGUGUAUCUAA